AGCCGCUAUGCUCAAUAUUUGGCCAUGUCAGAGAAGCUCUAUCGUGCCAUCAAGAGUCAGGUCCGAGCUGUUCAUGAUGAACUUGAAGAUUGGAUCUUUGAGGCAUUUCGAGAAGGAGGAUUGCCUGAAUGCGAAUCCGACGAGGAGCAGGAUCUGAAGGAGGAGGUGGCUCAGCGACGGCGCGGCAUGCGCUACUUCGCUGCUGGCCGACCUAGGGACAGGAAGCAGUUCGCAUCCAUGCUUUUUCCGAGAUCUUUCAAGGCGAUCCAAAUGAACAAUUGUACCAGGAGGCUUUUCACGACAUCCUGCGAGUUGCAGGGACGUCCGUGAAAGCAAAGUCCAGGCACAAGCUCUCCUUCGGCAUCAGCGUGUUGUUCUUCACGGCAGGGCAGGGAAACCUGUACGGCGUGGUGGCCUCCGGCGAUUUUCCCACGCACUUGGCCUUUGAGUUUCUGGAGGAAAUGCUGGAGGUCUAUGAAAGCAUCGAUGUUGCAUGCGCUCUGGACCAGGCGGAUGAGACGCUGUGGAGUGAAAAACAAUUUGUCCAAGAUGCGUUUGGCGUGCGCGAGCUGGCUGUGGCAAGCUGGAAGAAGCGGAUACAGCCUGGCGAUGGCUCCUUGUACACUGCCGCAUCUACAGUCAAGGACAAGUCCCUGGAGAUGGAGGAAUCCCUUUAAGCGCCGCGCGUGCCGCUCACGAAUCCCAGCUGCGACCUGGUGGCUUCAGCGACCUCGAGAAUUCCCGGAUGAAGUGCUUGGCCCUGGCGCCUUCUGAUGCCAUCUGACAUCUGACCCCAUCCCGAAGCUCGGACUUGCCAGAGCCCUCAGAGCUGGUGUUCAAUGCGAG